UAUCGGCACGUAAGGCUACGUAUAUAAAGCGACUACGUCUACAUAGAAUAAUCAACAACCACCUCUAUUUUUCGAUCGCAGCAGCAUAGCGCCAAGCUAAUUCCCUAAAACGUGCAUUAGUAUUAGUAUGUUUAAUCUUACCUUGCAAAAUCUGCUUUUUGUGGUUUGACCUUUAGUGCAACCGCAAGGAAACAAAAUGCGGCGCUGGCAUACCAGAUUUGUUUGUGUUGGCAUUCUACUCGCAAGUAUUUAUCAUACGACUAAUGCAGCUGGAAGUACGACUAAUAUUACAAGUCCUGGAAACAGCACCGGAAGUGGCCAGUGCUUGCCGAUCCCCAAUGUCAUUCCGCGCACUAACGCUACGUACAAUCUUAAACACCUUGUAGACACUCAAUGGUUCGGAUACCUGGCGUAUAAUACCGACAAUCGCACCCAUCACAACGCUUCCGAAUGGAAUGCAGAACAUUAUUACUAUAUGCAAGGAGGCUACACUGUUGAUCCAAUUGAUCCAAAACAACCCAAGCCGGCGACAGUAAUUUAUAUCGAAAAGGUCAAAUACGCUACAAAUAACCGCAACAGCUCCUGUUCUUUCGUGCUGGAAGUAGCGCACUUUACCAACGACCUUCAGCAGUUUGGACCAUACGUGGAAUAUACCGACAAAAAGGAGUUCGUUCGCGACGGAUAUGAUCGCUCCGUUGUCUGGUCAGUUGAUUACAAGACGUACAUCAUAUUUUUCUGGUGCGCCCGACACAACCGCACAUCGGGUAAUUGUGCCAGCACCCAUAUUUACGUCUAUACGAGAAUUAGACCCUACCAACUCAACAAGUCUGAAAAAGAUUCCAUAGAUAAGGCUGUCAACAGCGUUCUCAAGCCGUAUUGUCUGGAUGUCGGGAAGUUCGCCAAGUACAAUUGGGAUAACAGACUCUAUAGCUGUUCUCUUGGUACAUAUCCAGACACUUUCAAACAUUACAUGGCGGCUUAUCGAACAGUGCUGAACGAUAUAUUUACGAUAGGCUGGGACUAGUGUGUAUCGUGUACUCUGGUCCGCUUUAUCUGGUGUUGUGCUACUGCUGCAAAUAAAAUCAACAAUAAGUAACAACAAGUAAGUAACAACAAUACU